GCCCCCCUCCACCACCACCACGCGCACGCUGAGUCGACCCUCCUAGGGCAGCUGAGCGCCUCGGGGAGCUGAGGAGGAGGCGGCGGAGGUGGUGGUCGAGGUGGUGGUCGAGGUAGCGGUGUCUGUACAACAGCCCACGCCAGACGAACCUCGCCGACCCCGUGUGCGCUCGCAAACGCCGCCGCCUCGGGCUUCCAUCUCCCGCCGUCGUCGCAUUCCGUCGAUUAAUUUAAGCUCGUUCGCUGUCAUCAUCGUCGUCGUCAUCAUCAUCAUCAUCAUCGUCGUCGUCGUUAUCAUUAUGAUGCUUCGCUUCGGAGGCUCGCGGGCGGCUCAGGGGCGGGCGAAAGGCUGAAGAGAGAGAGAGAGAGAAGAGGGUGGUGGUGGUGGUGGUGCCGUACGGGCACCCACGCUAAUUCGCUUCGUUAAUUAACGAGAGCAGAGGGUGGGUUGUGUGGGUGGUGGUGGUUGUUGUUGCUGCUGCUGCUGCUAAAUUCGCCGCCGACCAUGAAAUACAAGCCCAACCAGACGCGGACGUUCGACGGGGACGGCUACAGGAAGAGAGCCGCGUGCUUGUGCUUCAGGAGCGAGUCGGAGCAGGAGGUGCUACUGGUGAGCAGUAGCCGGUACCCGGACAAGUGGAUCGUGCCGGGCGGUGGCAUGGAGCCCGAAGAGGAGGCGAGCGUGGCAGCCAUGCGGGAGGUCUACGAGGAGGCUGGAGUGAAGGGAGACCUUGGGCGGUUACUGGGAGUGUUUGAGGAGCGCAAGCACCGCACCUACGUGUACAUCCUGAUCGUCACGGAGAUCCUGGAGGACUGGGAGGACUCCGUGAACAUCGGUAAGGAAACGCACGCUCCGUCAGCCGCCGCCGCCGCCGCAGCCGCCGGCCGCAAGCGGGGCUGGUUCUCCGUGGACGCGGCCAUCGAGUGUCUGCAGGGUCACAAGCCCGUGCAGGCCUCGUACCUGCAGAAGCACAAGCAGGGCGGUCCCAGCAGGGGAGGACAGCGCCGCCACCGUUAACAACGGCGCCACCCCCACCACCCCGGUCGUCGCCGCAGCAGCAGCAACCGAAGACAAGGCCGCCACCCACCCCAUCGCUAGCACGCCCGACGUCAGAUGAUAGCGGCGAUGAGCGCGAGCAUCUUUAACAGCGACGGAGAUUGAGCGAGGCGGGGGGGAGGAGAUAGAUGAUGGCGAGGGUGACGACGGUGCGGUGUGAAUUGUGCAGGCACGCGUUGUCACUUGCGAUGUUAAUGUUCGUAGUGCGAUAACAAAGAAACUAAACGGUGACGCGGAGAUGAGAUCAUUAUCAGCAGCUCGGGACAGGAGAAACGUUCAAUUGUAUUUUAUAAUGUGAUGUACAGAGGCUUGCAUGGAUGUUGCCAGUAUUGAAUUUGCACAGGCGUUGUUAUUAUUUUUAUUUGUCAUAUUUCUUGUCUUUAUUUUCAUUAAUUUGCGUUUCCCGUCGUUUUAUUUUUAGAGAGUGGUUUUUAAUUUCUAUUGUCGAAGUUACUGCUGCUGUUUCACCGCAUGACAAAGUUAAUUAUCCUAAGCCAUACUCUUGGGUUUUGUGAUUUUAUUUAAUUUUCUCUCAAAUGUCAAUUUUACGCAUUUAUUUUUUUUCUCUGCACAAAGCAACAGAAGUAUCUCACUCCAUGAUCCACUCACUCCAGUUGUGUGGGACUCCAUGCCGGGAUUUUCAACUUCCCUGAAAAAAAAAGUUAACUUAUCAGUAUAUAGGUGAAAUGUUGUUAAGCGCCCGUGUAAUAUAACACUACUAAAAAAAUGUGUUUAAACAUUUACGCGCAACACUCGUUAUUACGACAACAAAAAAACUAGUUACGAACAUUUUAUAUCGAAGUGUUUAGACUGCAGUUGCUGCUGACGACUAAUUGCAUCGUCGGAUAAAGAGUUGUCAGUCACCGGCGAAUAAGCGGAGUUCCUAAGCGCGCCCACUUGAGAUGAGGGGCGAGGGUUCAGUGUGGGAUGAACCGAGGGUUCUGUAGCAAAGCAAUCGGGCAUCGGGUGAUGGCGAAUUCCACGUCGCACGAGAAGAGACGUGCUGAUGUAGACGUCAUUGGGCAGUGAAGAUCGCUGACGCAGCAGCUGGCGGCAGUGGCAGCAGCAGCUACAGCAGCUACAGCAGCAGCAGUAACAGCAGCAGCAGCGGCGGCAGCAGUAGCAGCGGCGGCAGCGGUAGCAGCAGCGGCGGCAGUAGCGGCAGCAGCGGCAGCAGUAGCGGCAGCAGCAGCGGCGGCGGCGGCGGCAGCGGUAGCAGCAGCAGCGACGCUCGGCUCGUGUCAAGUUGUACGCGGGCAGCCUCAAGGUUGACGUCCCUCGUAAAUGUGUCACACGUUUUUUAAACGCGCUUUAUGUGUUUAUUAAAACGUGAAGUUCAA